CGCCCCCGGCCACAGCCCCGCCCCCGCCCCCAGCCACAGCCCCGCCCCCCCCGCCCCCAGCCACAGCCCCGCCCCCAGCGACAGCCCCGCCCCCGG